UAUUUAUCGAAUGAGCCGAUCUAAGAAACAAGAUACAUAUAUAUCAUGGUUAUUUAAAAGUGGAUGGACUUUACACCAUUCUUAAUUGUGCUUAUUCAUUGCGAAGGUAGACUUUUGUAUAAAAGUUCGAAUCGAUCAAAAGUUUAAGGUUUCAGUCUACUUUACACAAGUGGAUACAAUGAGGGGACCAGAGGAAUUACGUUUUGAUGGCCGAGUAGUUAUAGUAACAGGAGCUGGAGCUGGUUUAGGUCGCGCAUAUGCUUUACUUUUUGGGUCAAGAGGUGCCAGUGUUGUAGUAAAUGAUUUAGGUGGAGGAAGACAUGGGGAUGGAAGCAGCACUAAAAGUGCAGAUGCAGUUGUCAAUGAAAUUAAAAAGAAUGGUGGAAAGGCUGUGGCUAAUUAUGACUCUGUCCUUGAUGGUGCAAAAAUUGUCAAAACAGCUAUCGAUACAUUUGGUCGAGUAGAUGUAGUUGUUAAUAAUGCUGGAAUUCUAAGAGAUAGAUCUUUUGCUAAGUUGUCAGAGACAGAUUGGGAUAUGGUACAAAAUGUUCAUCUAAAAGGUGCUUUUAAAACUACUCAAGCUGCUUGGCCAUAUUUUGUGAAACAAAAUUAUGGUAGAGUAAUUAUGACAGCAAGCAAUAGUGGAAUGUAUGGAAACUUUGGUCAAUCUAAUUAUGGUGCUGCAAAAAUGGGUCUUAUUGGUUUGACCAAUACAUUGGCUAUUGAAGGCAGAAAUAAAAAUAUAUAUACUAAUGUAAUAAUACCAACAGCUGCUUCUCGUUUAACAGAAGAUAUUCUACCACCAGAAUUGUUUCAGCAAUUCAAACCUGAAUUAAUAGCACCUGUAGUUAUUUGGAUGUGUCAUGAGAAGUGUACAGAAAAUGGUUCCAUUAUUGAGUCUGCACUAGGUUGGGCUGGAAAAUCCUAUGUAGUUUGUUCAUCAGGAUCCACAUUAAGACAAAAUUUUUCAAGUGAAAUCACUCCUGAGGAUGUUGCAAAAAGAUGGUCAGCUAUUACUGAUAUGUCUUCUGUCAAACAUUUUACUUCUAUUGAGGAAAAAACAGCACAGUUUGUUGUUGCACUUGAAGAAAUGAAAUCUGGAAAAUCAGCAUCACAGAACAGUGAGGUUCUCAGACAAACUUAUAGCAGUCAAGAUACUAUACUAUAUGCAUUGGGAGUUGGUGCCUCUGUUCAAACACCGUCUGAUAUUCGUUAUUUAUAUGAAAAUGAUAGUAAUUUUGCUGUAUUACCUACAUUCUAUACUCUACACGGCCCAGCGCAUUGUUUGACUAGCUCUAUGUACACAGACAAUUUACCAAAUUUUGAAAUAGAUCCAACAAAGAUGUUGCACGGGGAGCAAUAUAUUGAAGUUUACAAACAAUUACCAACAGAGGGUACGGUUGAGACACGUUUCAUUCUUUUAGAUAUAUUGGAUAAGGAAAAGGGUGCCGUAUUUGUUGUACAACAUGAAACAUUUGAUUCCGCCACCGGGGAUAAAUUGUCCACAGGACAAAUGACAAUAUUUAUAAUAGGAGCUGGUGGUUUCCAAGGAAAAAAGACAUCUUCAAAUCUCAUACCUAUUAUCGAUCCGCCAAAGCGACAGCCAGAUGCAUCGGUCACUCAACAGACAAGCUAUGAUCAGGCCGCGUUGUACAGAUUAAAUGGAGAUAGAAAUCCUCUCCACAUAGAUUCAAGCAUGGCUACAAUGAGUGGUUUCAAAAGACCAAUUCUACAUGGAUUAUGUUCUCUUGGAUUUUCUGUUCGUCAUGUUCUUCAAACUUAUGCUGAUGGUGAUCCAAAUUUAUUUAAAGCUGUCAAGACUCGUUUCGCCAAACCAGUCCUCCCAGGGGAAACAUUGCGAACUGACAUGUGGCAAGAAGGAAACAGAAUACAUUUCCAAACAUAUACUAUAGAAAAUAACACGCCGGUUUUAACAGGUGGUUAUGUAGAUUUAAAAAAUACAAUAUCUAAACAACCAAGAGCAAAUCCUCGUUCUGGCAACGAAAAUCUUGAAAGUCUUGAAAGCGAUGCAGUGUUUAAUACAAUUGAACAGUAUGUGAAAGCAAAUCCAGCAGAAGUAAAGAAAAUUAACGCUGUAUUUCUUUAUCACAUUUUGGUAAAAGGAAAGCCACAAGCAACAUGGACUCUAGAUUUGAAAAAGCCUGAAGUAUAUAGAGGAGAACUGAAAUCAGGUAAGGCUGACGCAACGUUAACUCUCGAGGAUGCGGACAUGAUUCAAAUGGCUUUGGGAAAAUUAAAUCCACAAGUAGCAUUUAUGCGAGGAAAGCUAAAAAUUACCGGAAAUAUCAUGCUCACUCAAAAAUUAAAAGUGCUUAUGGAAGCUGGUAAAUCGAAAUUGUAA